AUGAGUGCGGCUUCGGACGAAAGUGCGGCAAAGCGGAGGAAGGUGCGAAAAGGAACUCACUGUUGCCGAGAGUGCCGUCGAAGAAAAGUCAAAUGCACUUUUGCUGCCCCGGACGAUGAUAGCUGUAUCUCCUGCGGCCGUCGAGGCACCAAAUGUGUCAGUCAAUUUGCUCUGCAAUCGCCAGACCUGCUCCUAACCCCGGGCAUAUCACCACACUCCGAUCGCGCGAGAACUGCCUUACAGACUACAAGACAUUCAAAGAUUACCCAAGCUCUUCUGCGUGCGCUUCCCUCCCCAAGCGAGGUCGAGAUUCUGCUAGGAAAGGUCUCGAGACUUUCCACUUUGUGCUAUCAGUCCGGCUUCAAGUUAAAUAGCUCGUCGCGCCAAGACCUGCCACUGGAACAAAUCGCAAUCCCCAGUUUGCAACACCCAGAAGCCCAUCCGGUCUUGCUAGCAAGGCAAAUGUUACUUCUAGCAGCAGCAUUGCAGCACAUUUCUCCCACUGAGGUUAUCUCGGGUCUUGAUCAACAUCACCAUGUCAUCAUGGAGGACCUCGCGGAGUCGGCCAUUGCCAUGGUGACUACUAAUGACUGCUUAAUGGGAACCUUGGAAGGUCUGGAAAACAUCAUUCUGGAGGGAUUCUUUCAUAUAGACAGCGGAAACAUCCGGCGUGCUUGGUUAGCAAUCCGUCGUGCUGUCACUACGGCGCAACUCUUGGGGUUGCAUCAACCCGGUCAGUAUCGCUUCAAGAAGAUCAACGACAAGAACGACCUCGACCCCAAUGUCAUGUGGAUUUGUAUCAUCUCCAUGGAGCGUGUCUUGUCCUUGCUGCUGGGCCUACCCACAAGUACUGUUGGGACAACGUCGGGGAGGAAGAGUCCUUCGCAGACCAGUGGCAAUCUGUCAUCACUAAUCAUGCAGAUCACGGCCAGAAUUCUGGAGCGAAAUCAGGUCAGAGUCCCCCAGCAAGCUCAGGAAAUGACGCGGGACAUCGAUCGAGAACUCAUUAGGAUGACCGAACAAUUGCCCUCCUCGUUCUGGCAGCCACUGGCUUUCGCAGGUCUCGAAGUAGAUUCAGUAGAGGCAUUUUGCGAAACCCGGCGAGCAUGGGACCACAUGUGUUACUAUACCGUGGUCAACCAACUGCAUUUACCGUACAUGUUGUGCCAGAGCCAAAGCGCUGAUGUGGUGUACUCGGGAAUCGCGUGUGCGAAUGCUAGCCGCGAGAUAUUGACUCGCGAGAUAGCAAUCCGUACUUUCAACCCAAUAACCGCCUGUUGUCGGAUUGGCGACUUCAUGGCGCUGAUUGCUGGAAUGACUUUGAUCCUCGCCCACCUCGCAAGUCAUGGCCAGACGGAGGUCAAUAGGCUGCUCGCACACCAGCGAUCGAGCGACAGAGCCACCGUGGAGCGGGCUCUAGAAUGCAUGCAGUCCAUGUCAGAGUUACACGAAGAUGUCCUCGCCGCAGAAUGUGCUGCCUUGCUGAAGGAUCUGUUGUCUAUUGAAGGCAGGGCAGCACAAGGAUACAAGGCCGACGCAGACGAGACACAGUCGUCAGAUUAUCAGCCGACCGAUAAUCCUAAUGCGUUAGUCAUCAGAGUGCCAUAUCUCGGUGCAAUCAGAAUUACACCUGAAGGCAUCACGUCUGUGCCAUAUUCCGAAACAGGGCAAGAUCAAGGCCAUCACGCAGGAGUCACGAUUGGAGGCAUUGGGUCGAUUCAAAUUGAACCUCCCACGGUUCCUGACCGAUUUUCAGUCAAUAGCACAUCAGAUGUCCCACCACAAGCAGCGAGAACACAGGCCGCAAGUGAUUCAUUGCAGCAACAACAUACUACGCAGCUUCUGCCCGGAAGAAUCCCCGAUGAGGUAGCGGAGAAAGAUCACAUGUUCCCAGAUGCGGCCGCCAGCAUCGACGAUUGGGUCUUCCAAGGUUUUGAUACUGCCUUCUUUGACGUGCUUAUGCGCGGAGCAGGAGACGCGCAGUUUGAUGACGGCAGGAUCAAUUAG